GAAAAGUUGAGAAUGAUUGUUUCUUCUUUCUAUAUUUAUGCUAUAUGUAGUAAAGUGUAGGACAUGAUUAAUCUUGAGAUUGCAAAAGUAUCACCAUGUUGGAAGUUCAUCAAGAAAAACUUGAGCUGCCCACAACACUUGAACUUGCUACUACGAAAAAAGAGCUUAAUUCUGAUGCCAUGAAGAGAAUUAGUGAUUGGAUUGUCUCACAAGAGGUUCCAAGUGAUGUUACAGUUUGUGUAGGAAGUGCUUCGUUUUCAAUACACAAGUUUCCUUUAGUCUCAAAGUGUGGGUACAUAAAGAAACUAUUGUUAGACUCCGAAUAUGCGGAUCUCUCUGUAGUAUCAAUCCCUGAAAUCCCAGGAGGGCCUGCAGGGUUUGAACUUGCUGCAAAGUUUUGUUAUGACACAGAUGUGGAGUUAUGUACAGAAAACAUUGCAAUGGCUAGAUGUGUGGCAGAAUAUCUUGAAAUGACAGAAGAAUAUGCAAGUGGAAAUCUUGUAUCAAUAACCGAGGCGUAUUUAGAUGAUAUGGGGCUUAGGAACUUAUCUUGUGCAAUUUCCAUCCUGCAAUCAUCAGUAAAUCUCUUACCAAUAUCUGAAAAGGUAAAACUGAUUGAUCGAUGUGUAGACAUUAUAGCGUUCAUGGUCACCGAAAAAAGUCAAGUUUCUGUUGUCGACUGGUGGGCUGAAGACUUGAUUGCUCUUAGAAUUGAUAUCUUCCAAAGGGUUCUCCUUGCAUUGGUUUCUAGGGGUUUCAAGCAAUUUGCACUUGGUCCAGUUCUAAUGCUAUAUGCACAAAAAUCUCUUCGCGGUUUGGAAAUCUUUGGAAAAUCCAAGAAAAAUCUUGAUCCAGGACAAGAACAUGAGAAGAGGGUUGUUUUAGAAACAAUAGUUGGCCUCUUACCAAGGGAAAGGAAUGCAAUAUCAAUAAGCUUUCUCUCAAUGUUGCUUCGAGCUGCCAAAUGCUUAGACACAACUGUGGCAUGCAGGAUAGAUUUAGAGAAAAGAAUGGCCUCACAACUCUCGCAGGCGGUUUUAGACGAUAUAUUGAUUCCUUCCUUUUGCUUUGAUGGUGAUACAUUGUUUGAUGUUGAUACAGUGCAACAAAUCAUGUCAAAUUACAUUGAAGAUAAUUCUAUGGAGUCGUGUGGUGAAGACAGUGUUUCUCCUAUGGAGAGAGACAAGGAGAAUAUUGGGAUGCUAAUGGAAAGCUUUCUUGCUAAAAUAGCUUCAGACCGAAAUUUAAUGGUUUCAAGAUUUAUAAGUUUUGCUGAAUGUAUUCCUGCGGAUUUACGUGUGACAGAUGAUGGAAUGUACAGAGCCAUUGAUAUUUACUUGAAGGCACAUUCAACUAUAAGUGACAUGGAUCGAAAGAAAGUCUGCAGUUUAAUGGACUGUCAAAAGCUAUCCCGUGAAGCCCGUGCCCAUGCAUCCCAGAACGAAAGACUUCCCGUUCAAACUGUGGUUCAGGUUCUUUACUACGAACAGAAACGGUUACAAGAAAGUGAGUCCCCUAACCAUAUGAUCUCAAAUGGCACCCCAAAAUCUCAAAACUCAUUAUCAGAUGAAAUCACAAGUUUAAGAAAGGAAAAUCAGGAGCUCAAAUUCGAGCUUCUGAAGAUGAAAACACGGUUAAAAGAGAUCGAGACAUCUACUACAGCUAAUAAGCCUGCACGGGUCAACAAUGCAAGCAGAACAACCACUUCUGCUACUAAGCCACCAUUGCCUGGUAAACCACCAUUGCCUAAAAAAUCAUUGAUAAGCACGGUGACGAAAAAACUUGGGAAAAUCACACCAUUUCUUCAUGCUGAUGGAUUUUUGCCUUCAAGUACAAGAGGCAGGAACAAACCCGAUAAAGAUAGAAGGCAUUCAGUAUCUUGAUAUGCAGGUUUUGAUGGUUUUGGUAUUAGCAAGUAAUCAAUGCAUAAAUUCCUAUUCGUAAAUACUUAUUGUCAUGUUGCAAAAUACAUUUUUACAUGAUAUAGAUAUAUGCAUAUAUAGCUAUAGUAUAUGUAUAUAUAUAUAUGGUAUAUAUGGGAUUUGAACUACUGCUAAUAUAUAUGAAUAAAAUGAUGUUGGUACUUGGUAGUA